UGAGGCCGCGGAGGUCGUUGGUGUCUGUUGAACGGCUCGUGGAAGUCGUGCUGCCUUGGGUAGGGGUUAAAAUCGUUCUCGAGAGGAACGUCUCUGUCCGAAGAGAACAUGAGUUUAGCUCUGAGAAAUGAGCUUGUAGUAGACAAAACAAAGAGGAAAAAAAGAAGAGAACUCUCUGAAGAACAGAAACAAGAAAUUAAAGAUGCUUUUGAACUUUUUGACACAGACAAAGAUGAAGCAAUAGAUUAUCAUGAAUUAAAGGUGGCAAUGAGAGCCUUGGGGUUUGAUGUAAAAAAAGCUGAUGUACUGAAGAUUCUUAAAGAUUAUGACAGAGAAGCCACAGGGAAAAUCACCUUUGAAGAUUUUAAUGAAGUUGUGACAGACUGGAUAUUGGAAAGAGAUCCACGUGAAGAAAUAUUGAAGGCAUUUAAACUAUUUGAUGAUGAUGAUUCAGGUAAAAUAAGCCUGAGGAAUUUGCGACGUGUUGCCAGAGAAUUGGGUGAAAACAUGAGUGAUGAAGAACUUCGGGCUAUGAUAGAAGAAUUUGAUAAAGAUGGUGAUGGAGAAAUAAAUCAAGAGGAAUUCAUUGCUAUUAUGACUGGUGACAUUUAAAGAAUUACAAGGAUAAACACUAAGAAUGUUGCAGUUAUCAUCUUAUAUUCUAUUUUUGUGCCUGAAGCCGUGUUUAAAACAAAAAACAACUUAGUUCUUUUUUCCAAAAGGACCAAAAAUAAGGAUCUUAUGUAUUCAUAUUUUACUACUGUUAAGUUUCUUUAUAUGAACAGUAUUGUUAGUACUCUAAUAGUUUAGCUUUGUAUUUAUAAUAUAGCUUUUAUAUAUAAAGUUUAAAAAAUUGAAUCAUGUGGUACACAUUUUUUGAAGGUUUUUUAUUUAGCAUUAGUAGUCACUUUUGGUGCACAUGUUUUUCAGACUUUCCUUAAUAAAAUGUUUAUUUUUUAGUAUUUCAAAAUUUGGUAACUUUUCUGUUUAUUUUGAUUCCAAAUGUCUGCUAACCCUCAAGAGUAUCUUUCUUAAAUCUUUUCUCUAUACACGGUUGGUUUCAGAAACGAAAAUUGAAAUAUAAAUUGCAAUAGAAGAGUACAUUUUUCCAUUACAAGUUUGACAUUUGAUGUUUCAGUACAAAAUGAUGACUCCGUAUAGGCAUAAUUCCUUUUUCAUGAGUCAUGUCUUUCAGUUUGGAGGGAAACAGUAUUGUGCAUAUAGACUCAUUUAUCCUCAUGUAUUCAAUAUUAUGUUCUGUAACACUUUUGGUGUCUUAAGUUAUGACAGUUAAAUCUGGAUAUUUCUUUCUUAAACUAAUUGAAUAUAGUUUGAAUCAUCUAACUUCUUGACAAAGUGAAAGAUUUAAAUUUUGGAAUUUUGAUCUGUUAAGAUAAUUAUCACUCAAUUAAACGUCACAGUGAUGAAAAUAGGAAACUGUAAGCCACAGAAAUCAUUUAAGGCUCUGUUUUAGCUGUAUAAAGGAACGUUCUGUGAUUCACCAGGUAACAGUGGAGACAGAUUUUCCAGAUAUUGGUGGGUUCUUCUUCCUUGUAGAAGUGUAUGUUAGGGGGAAACACGUGGUUAGGGGAGAUAGGUCAUAGUAAUAAUUUGAGGCACUUUAAAUGUUGUGAGCCUCCUAGAAUAUUACAGAAAGAGUUAUCCACUAGAAAUUUAACAAAAAAUCAGUAGAGAAUAAUGUAACAGUGGUGAUAUUUCAAAUAGUUAUCUAGAAAGCAAGUUAAUUGUUCACCAUAUUAAAAUUCAGUUUUGAAUAUGAAAUCAGUGUUCACAGUAAUACCAAUAUCCAGGGCAACAAAUAGACUGUGAAAUUUAAAAAAUUGUAUCACGUUUACUGAUGAAUUUGCCUUCUAUAUCUCAAUCACAAAAUAUGUUGAUUUCCAGGAAAUUGAAGAAUAAAGAAAAUGAAGAAUAAAACACAAACAUGUAUCUAGGCUUGCUAGUCUUCUACCACUUUAUUGGAAUAAGUAACCUAAGCUACUUUUUUGUCACUUACAGAGAUAACUUCUUUAUUCUUAAUAUAAAUGGUUACUCCUUGGGAUGCCAGCAUUUUGUUUCUUCUUACUGUGGGUUGAGGGAAGAGUGCUCACUUCAGUUCUUUAUGUUUGUGAAAGCUUUCUCCUACAGAAGGGUAUGAAUUAUUUUCAAGUUUUUUCCAGUGUUAAUAACCGUAGAGUCAGAGGCUUAUAAAAUUGGCUAGUAGAGGUGGCAAUAAGAAGAAAGGAGUGAAUUUGCUUUAAACAAGAAGGAAGUGGAGGUGGGUAUUAGUCAUUUACUAUUAUAGUUAUAUUUAUUAUACAAUGGCAUUUCAUGAUGUAAGAAAAUAACUUUCUUGCUAAACUUACCUACUGCAUCUGCUGUUCUGGUAUCCUGGUAAGCUUUGAUAGUUUGGGAUUUGUCAGCUAAGAUCUCUUCUUAUAUGUAAACCAUCAAAGCCUACUUUAAGUUAUGUGCCUCUUAACAGCUCCUAGAUUAGGGUCUGGCGGUAGGUAGUUGGGGUGGGGAGGAAAUCAAAAACAUAUUUGUUAUGCAGUUAAUAUGUGGUGUGGGUACUGCACUAGGCUCAUUUAAUCGUUCGCUGCAGGAAAUUCAUACAGCACUUCUAAUGGAAGACUUUCAAAUUUAGUUGAUGCGCCAGUGUUAAUGGUCUUGCAUUAGCAAACACCAUGAUGAGUUAGAUGAUCCAGUUGAGUUGCUAAUUUCCUCAACUCCCUAAACUAUUCUGUCUGAUGCUAAUCUCUGGAUGUAAAUUCUCUUGGGAAUUGCUAGUGAUGUGUUCUACACUAAAGAUAAUUUCUAAUGUUCUGAAGACCAAUGUGAAGAAGGCAAAAGAGUUUCAAAAAAUCACUUAAAAUAUGAAGUUAAACAAAUUACAUAAGUAAUAUAUAAAGUAAAAGUGAAAAUUCUUUUUUUUUUAACUGCCAGCUCCACUCCCAUUCCUCUGAAUAGUAUCAGUUUCAGUUAGACCUCAGACAUCAAGAGGAGCACAACUGGAUAUUUUCACAGAGUGUAAUAUAGGGAAUAGGUUAAAUUGGUGCUGAAGAACAAAAAAAAGAAAAAAAAAUCAGGAAAGGAACACUGGGAUAGCUGAGGGUAAAAGUUGUAGUUACUGGAAACUAGAAGCUGGGAGGAGAGGUCCUAUGGAGCAGAGACUCGGAGAUGGUUGAGGAAGGGGGCACUGGUAGGUGGUGCUAAUGUUGAUGGGGAAUGAUGAGGCUGGUUUGGGGAAUCUUGAGAAAAAGCUGGAGGAUGGAACCAAGUGCUGCUCCUGGAAGGAAGAACUGUUGCCCUGGGGAUGCUGACGGGAACUCCAGGCAAACUGGAAACAGCAAAAGAGUCUUUUCCCCUCCUGCCUUCCUGUUUUAUUCUUCUAGUCCUCUUUUUAGUGGAGCUUAAAAAAAUUCAGCUGGCAAAGGGGACAUGUAGUUUACACAGUUCCAACCCUACUGUUACACAUUUGAAUACAGAAUAGUGGUUUGGAGCUGUGGGGAAAAAAGUUUAAUGACCAACACAAUUGACCAUAUAUUUUAUGAUCUAAACCGGGUUACCUGAGAGUGAAGGAGCUUAGGGGAGACUAUUAUAAAUCUUGGCACAACAGGUGUAAUUCAGAACUAGCCUGGGCAGACUAGGACAUAACUGUCACCUGAUCUCUAGGAAUAGUAACCAUUGUUAUUUUAGAGAUUCAUUCAACCUGUUUCCUUUGUAUUUACAUGAAAUUAUAGAAGUAGUUUCUUCCACAUGAAUAUUCUAUCCAUUCUGCAGCUAAGUUUUAUAAAGGAAAUGUCUUUAAAAAUUUAGUAACUUGGGCUUCCCUGGUGGCGCAGUGGUUGAGAGUCUGCCUGCCGAUGCAGGGGACACGGGUUCGUGCCCCGGUCCGGGAAGAUCCCACAUGCCGCGGAGCGGCUGGGCCCAUGAGCCAUGGCCCCUGAGCCUGCGCGUCCGGAGCCUGUGCUCCGCAAUGGGAGAGGCCACAACAGUGAGAGGCCCACAUACCGUAAAAAAAAAAAAAAUUUAGUGACUUAAGUGCUGCUGUGUUACAGGCACACAUAGGUAUUUACAUACAUUAUAUAUUUUAAUCUCGGUAACCUGAGGUAGAUACUGUUGGGUUGUCUUUAUUUUACACACAAGAAAACCAAAGCUUAGGCUUAAGUAACUUGUUCAAGGUAAUAGGCAUUGGAAUUGGAAUUGGAAUAUGAUCCUGUCUUCUGACUCCAUGGCCCACUCAUAGCCACUAGAUUGUAUUAUCUCCUUACAGUGACUUUUAUAAACUAUCUCAAGGUGUAAAGGAUCAGACUUUUAAAACUACAAAACUAAGAGAUAGAAUCUGGAAUUCAGAGGCUCAGCAGCAAAAGCAUUAAACAUUUAUGCAUAAUCUAGCAUGGCAUUUGUUGUAUUAUCUAUUAUUCCAUGUGAGUUAACAUUUGGUGCCAGUCCUCUGGAAGCUAAUAAGCUUAGAUAGAAUGUUUUUAAAAUCAUGGAGUCAACACAUUGAAAAAGUAGAUGUUUGGGGAAAAAAAAUACAAUAUUAAGCAAAUGCUUAUUGAUAAAGUGCAUAUUAUUGAGUAGUCAUAAAAUAUUUUCAUUUUGAGGAAACAUUUUUUCCACUUACCCUUUGUGAAGAAGAUUUUAUUUUAGGGGCUGUUUGAAUGAAGAAAGAACUCUUUAAAUUCUUGGUAGGAAAUGGAAGGAACCUGGAGCUUAGGAGUAUGUUUGGUAAAAGGGUGUGUGGGAAGAUCUUUGAGGCACCUAGCUGGAGAGGAGGAAGGUUUAUGGACCUGAUAGUCUAAAGCAAAACUCUUGUCGGUCUCAGUGGUCAGAGAAGAGGGUCAGUAAAGGUUAUUUUAAUGGUAGAAUGAUGACUUGUUUAGGAUUUGUGUUGCAAAGAGAAAUUCUUGGGAUGAAAUGAGGCAGUCAUCUGGAUGGCAGCUUAGUUGGGUCUUGGAGAUCUUGAUUAAACAGCCUAGGCUUACCCAUUCAAUUGAGAUAGGUAAUUUGCCUACAUAUCCUGAUUCUGUGUUAAGUCAUAUGUCAUUCUACAGUUACAGCAUUCAUUGAAAGCUUCAUCUAAGACUCUACAAAAGAUUGCCAAAUACAGUCUAAAACUAGUGAAAUCAAGUCUUUUUUUUUUCUGAGAUAAUAUAUUUAUGUUAGAGUUACCUUUGUGAGUUGUACUGUAAAUAUUGAGUAUAAUUAUAAUAGUAUUAUCUAAUUGUCUACAAAAAUCCAAAUUGUCUUUUUCUUUAGAACUUGGGAAAGCUGUAUGUCUUGUGCUGUUCUGAGGAUACGUAAAAUAUUUUUUCAUUAUAUGAUAAUUUUGGGAAGAUUACUGACAUUUUAUAGAAUCAAAGAUCAGCAUUGUUACUUCCAUUUUUUACUUAAUUAAAAAUAUUUUAAAAUGGGUUUUCUUUAUUCCAUAAUAAAAGAAAUCAGGGAUACUUAAUAGACUUCUGGGGUCCAAUAUUUCUAAUUUUAAUAUGAUUGUAACAUUUGUCCAACAUACCACUGUGUUCUCUGAAAAGAGCAAUUAUUUUCUCCGUGUGGCAUCAUCAUAGACUGUCUAUCCCCAAGGUCUUCCAAAAGGUCUGUGUAAGCCUGACAGCUAGGAAACGUGUACUGUUGUAGAACAUAAAUUCUGGUGACUCAUUGAUACAAGCCUACUCCUGAUGGUUGUCUCUUUAGAGUAAAUAGCAUUCAGCAUACAUUGGCUAAAUGCUAAAUGGUUAAAAUAUUUCCAAAUCAUAUUUCGUAUCAUGGAUGACCUCCUUAAAUUUAGCAGCAGAUUAAUGAUUUGUGUUUGGCUUACUGAGGAGCAGCCUUUCCUUAGAAAACAUGCAUUUUGCUUGUGUUGAAAAUUCAGGCAUUUAAAGUCCUUGCCAAGCUGGUAAACUUAACCAUACUUUAAGCAAAAUCUA